AGUUGCUGACGCUUCCUCUGCACUCUCUCAGUUUCUCUCCCCGGCCGGCCGUCCGUCCGUCAACCUUUGUCGCAUUGUGCCCUCUCAGAAUCUCCUUCUCCGAUGAGUCAUCUUCCCCUCUAUAAGCUCGCUUCUCUACCUCCUUCCAUCCUCUGUACUGGAGCUUCCUCCUCCUCCCCCUCCUCGUCAUGGAUCGGCUCCCAUUUCCCGCCAUUCCUCUCCUGCUCGCACUUCUCUUCGCGACCUCUCACUCUUCGACCGUCGGAGUCGGCUACAUUUCGCGCCUUCUCGAAACUCAGGGCCGCGAACGAGCUCCCGCCGCCGUCCAGGUGGCCGCUGCAAAGGGCGUCCUCCGCCGGCUCCUUCCUUCUCAUCAUUCCAGCUUCGAGUUCGAGAUCAUCUCCAAGGAGGCCUGUGGUGGCGAUUAUUGCUUCGUGAUCGGCAAUCACCCAGCCUAUGGAGGUCGCGGUACUCCUGACAUACUAAUUUCUGGGGUAACUGGGGUGGAAGUUUUGGCUGGUCUGCACUGGUAUCUUAAGCACUGGUGUAGUUCGCACGUAUCUUGGGAUAAAACUGGUGGCAUGCAGCUGCAGUCACUUCCUCAAUCUGGCUUUUUUCCCCGUGUUCAAGAUACUGGCAUUGUGAUACAGAGGCCCGUACCCUGGAACUACUAUCAGAAUGCUGUCACUUCAAGCUAUUCUUUUGCUUGGUGGGACUGGAAAAGAUGGGAAAAGGAAAUUGAUUGGAUGGCUCUCCAAGGUGUCAAUCUGCCAUUAGCAUUCACAGGGCAAGAGGCUAUUUGGCAAAAAGUUUUUAAGAAGUUCAAUAUAAGCACUUCCGAAUUGGAUAAUUUCUUCGGUGGUCCUGCAUUUCUUGCAUGGUCUCGCAUGGGAAAUCUGCAUGGAUGGGGUGGACCACUGCCGCAAACUUGGCUUGAUCAGCAACUCGUUCUGCAAAAGAAGAUACUUGCAAGAAUGUAUGAACUUGGAAUGACGCCAGUGCUUCCUGCCUUUUCUGGUAAUGUCCCUGCUGCACUAAAAGAUAAAUUUCCAUCAGCGAAGAUUAGUCGUUUAGGAAACUGGUUCACAGUGGAGAGUAACCCUCGAUGGUGUUGUACAUACCUUCUCGAUGCAACUGAUCCACUCUUUGUUGAUAUUGGAAGAGCAUUCACUGAGGAACAACUUAAAGAAUAUGGAUGGACUAGCCACAUUUAUAAUUGCGACACUUUUGAUGAGAACACUCCCCCAAUAGAUGACCCAGAAUAUAUAUCUUCGUUAGGCGCUGCAAUAUUCAGUGGAAUGCAAGGCGGUGAUGCUGAUGCUGUCUGGUUAAUGCAGGGCUGGCUGUUCUCAUAUGAUCCAUUCUGGAGACCUCCACAGAUGAAGGCAUUACUGCACUCUGUGCCACUGGGGAGGCUAGUGGUCCUCGAUCUGUUUGCAGAAGUGAAACCAAUAUGGGUUACUUCAGAGCAGUUUUAUGGAGUCCCAUACAUCUGGUGCAUGCUGCACAAUUUUGCUGGAAAUAUCGAGAUGUAUGGUGCUCUAGAUGCAGUAGCAUCUGGGCCUGUUGAAGCUCGUAGAAGUAUAAACUCAACAAUGGUUGGUGUUGGAAUGUCUAUGGAAGGUAUAGAGCAGAAUCCUGUUGUUUACGAUCUCAUGUCUGAAAUGGCUUUUCAGCUUGAUAAAGUUGAUGCCAAGAUGUGGAUCGAUCGAUACUCAGAAAGACGGUAUGGUAGCUCAGUUCCUUCAGUAAAAGAGGCGUGGAAGAUACUUUAUCACACAGUUUACAAUUGCACUGAUGGUGCCUAUGACAAGAACAGAGAUGUAAUCGUGGCAUUUCCUGAUGUCAAUCCAUACUCAAUUUCAGUACCUAAUCGAAGUUAUCACAGACCCUUGUCGAGAUGGGCAAUCCUAAGAGAAAAGUCUGCUUCUUUUGAUCAACCUCACUUGUGGUAUUCAACUUCCGAAGUAAUUCACGCGCUCGAACUCUUUCUUGAAUGUGGCGACAAGCUACAAGAAAGCAGUGCAUACAGAUAUGAUCUGGUUGAUCUGACAAGACAAGCUUUGGCGAAGUAUGCAAAUCAGCUGUUCUUACAGAUCAUAGAGGACUACCAGGUGAAGGAUGCCUAUGGGGUUGCUUUCAAGAGCCAGAAGUUCUUAGACCUCGUUGAUGACAUGGACGAACUUUUGGCUUGCCAUGAGGGAUUCCUCCUCGGACCUUGGUUGGAAAGUGCCAAGCAACUAGCUGAAGAUGAAGAACAGAAAAUACAGUAUGAAUGGAAUGCUAGGACGCAAAUAACAAUGUGGUUCGAUAACACCGAGGAGGAGGCCAGUUUGCUCCGCGACUAUGGUAACAAGUAUUGGAACGGAUUGCUUCGCGACUACUACGGGCCCCGAGCAGCUUUGUAUUUCAAGCAUCUGAUGGAGAGCUUGGAUAAGGGCGUCGAGUUUCGCCUCAAGAAAUGGAGGACAGAGUGGGUGAAGCUCACGAACGACUGGCAAAAUGGUCGGAAUCUGUAUGCCAUCGAGAACAAGCGUAAUGCUCUUUACAUGUCCCGGUGGCUCUAUGAGAAGUAUCUGAGAGCUCCGGGCACAUAUGACCAGUUCGCAGUAGCGGCUGCCAGUUCCUAAAAUAUUAACAGAAAGGGCCGAACGCAUCAAAGCGGGAUGUACAUCGGUCAAUCUGAACUAGAAAUUGCCGUAAUUGUCUUUUUUAAAAAUAAAUAUAUGUAAGUCAUGUCUUUUCUUAA